AUGGGGGAUCAGCAGCCAUAUUAUACCAUCCGCUCUCGGAGACCUGCGGAUGGGAAUGGAACCCUACAAGGAGAAAGACCCGCUAUCAACGGAGUUGGUGAAGGGUUCGCUAGGUCAGCGACUCACGACAUCAGCCGCACCAACUUCCACGUGAAGCACAUUGGCGCUUUUGCUCGGAGACUCGAGGAUUCGGCGACCCGGGCAUUUCCAAAUAGAGGCCGCACUUCACAGAGAUACAAAAAGGUCCAAGCCCUGCUUUUGCACUGGGGAUCCGAUGACCUCUUUGUCCUCCCAGAACUAGAGGACCUUGAAAGGUGUUUGCGGGAAGACUAUACCUUUGGAACUGACAUAUUUGCCAUACCAUCAGAAAACUCACAUUUGGAGUUGAUGAUGCGGGUCGGUCAACUGAUCAAAGAAUAUGAAUCACAAGAUACCCUUUUCUUAAUUUACUAUGGUGGGCAUGCCCGGAUCGACGAAUCAAGGCAAAGUACUUGGUGCGCGACCCGAGAUCCCGAGAGCCCUUGGCUACAGUGGUCUGCCAUUCAGACAUUACUUGAGCGUUCCAAGUCAGACGUUCUUAUCCUCCUGGAUUGUUGCGCAGGGGCCGCCAGCGCUACCUUCCCCAAUGGCAACAGCAUCACAGAGACGAUUUCGGCUUCAAGUUGGGACGCCAUCGCCCCAGAUCCUGGCCGAUACUCAUUCACCAACGCCCUGAUAGAGGUCCUGCAAGAAUGGCGGUUACGAAGUUUCUCAGCUGCCAUGCUUCAUGCUGAGGUAUUAGCCCGACUCAAACAUCCCCGCCCCAUCACAAUCAACGGAAAGCAUUUCGAGGCCCGAUCUACUCCUGUUCAUUUCAUGAUGACGGCGAAUCAUAAAGCCCCGAGCAUUGAGAUGACGAGGCUGCUGCCACCUGAGAAAGUCCCGGACGCGACAACGUCUCAUGCUGCGCCGCCAUUACUAACAGGGCGAGCUGCGGACCCAGGGGAUCCUAUUGCCACUGGACUUGCCGCAAGCGAACCGAAUGAGGAUUCACCGCACGUAAUGAUAUCUUUGGCAUUGGAAGAUGACCAGCGUCUCGACAUUAAUGCCUGGGAACAGUGGCUAAAUGCAUUCCCUGCAAUGGCAAAAUACGUCAAGGUACAAGGCGUAUUCAAGAGCCAUUCCACGAUGAUGUUGCUCUCCUUACCCGUAAUGGUCUGGGAUCUUUUGCCUGAGGAUCCCGCAGUCUCAUUCGUUGCCUUCAUUCGUUCCAAUAAUUUAGCCAUCCAAAGACAGCAACCACCUCAGCGCACAAUAGUCCCCGCUGGCCAACAUUCCGGAAGGGAACACAUCAGCGAUGCAGUAUCCUUCGUCACUGGCGUGUCAGGCACAACUUUCGCUGCCACAGAACAUGUAUCGCUCCAGUCGCCGUUCAGGGCACCAGCAUAUGGUUCCUCGUCAAGAGAACCGGCUUACAGCAGCUCGCGCAUGGUGUCCGCAAGUCAGCCCACGACGCCAGGCAGGCCAUCGUCCCUGUCAUCAUCUCCAGGAAGUCUUCAGCGGUCAAUGAGACCAGUGGCUUCCACCACAUCUCUCAACUCACUACAACGACAAUCGACAGCCACUUCUGGAGGCGGUAACCCCAUGAUUUCCCGUCAAAUGAUUCUGAAUCAGCAGCAAUCAAUGCGAAGAACAACCUUCGGUGACAACGUUCCAGAGCCAAAGAAGUUCGCAGCCCAUGUAGAGCGGCGACUAGAAGAGUAUUAUCAUGAAGAGCCUUUACCAAAUGAUGCUCAAAGUGCCUUCCUGGCGUCCAACUUGGGCAUCGAACUCUGGCACCUGGAAGUGUGGUUCCACCAUCGCCGAGAAAGGGACUCAAUAUCCAACAAACUAGCUACGAUGAAGCUCAAAGAUGUUGCAUAUGAAGCCAGCAAUGGACCGAGGAUGAUAUUACCUGCAGAUUUAAACCGUCUAUUAGAGCUUUCCUUGCCAGGAGACGCGUUAUUGUUUGAUCUCAGGUCAUCAGCCGAAUAUGAGCGGUCACAUAUAUACGGGGCAAUUCACCUUCGCGCACCGAAAAGCUUCCUCCAAGCUGCCCCAUUGGAUCUUAUUGAGCGCGCUAUACCCGACGAACAGGGCAGGAAACACUUAUCGCAAUGGCCGACAGCCAAGUGUAUCGUCUUCUAUGGCCGUGGACUAGAAUCGCCGUGGGAAUGCCCAGCUGCGGAGCUCAUGGACCGAAGGCUGCGAGAACAUGGGUGGAUGGGACGAUGUUUUAUUCUGCGAGGUCACUACAGAGAAUUUGGUCAAUCUUUUGACAAAUAUAUUGUUGGUGCCAAGAUGACUCAGAAUGCUAAGGAUUGGGUCAGCAGUCAAGCCACAACCCUGACGACAGAGUCUGACAGACAAAUGAUUGAGGAGCAGUAUUUCUCGUGGCUAGAUCAUAUUGAGAAUGAAGAUCGGGCACGCCCGUUGUCAACGUCGCCCACCCAAACGCCAGAGCGUUUUGAAGCGUUUGAGACGCAGGAAAAGGAGCUAGAGGCGGAGUUUAAAGCUCGCUGCGGGGCUUUAUUCAGUAAGGCAAUGGAUAUUCAGUUAACCAGCAUGGGCGGCGAUGACUUUGAGACGAAAGCGGGCAUGGUUGAAUAUCUUGACCGUGGGUUGGAGAAGAUGCGAAGCACGCAGGCUGUUCCAUCAGCAACAUUUGCCCCAGGUCACUCGAAACUUCCCUCAGAUGAUUAUGCCGAAGGCUACUUCGGGAAACGACACGACCAAGAUUUUGAAGGAGAGUACGUCGAAGUCAGCAAAGACGGGUCAACACAGGUUACAUCGUCACCUCGAACCUCAGGAUCCUCCGAGGCAAGGGCACCUGGUGAUAACUCAGGGGUCCGCGGUGGUAGUCUAUUGAAUAAGAUGUUCCGACGAUAA